GGAGUAAAAUGCAUGUUGUGCUUGGAAGACACCACAGUAUUUUAAUUCCGGUUGAUUUGACCUCUGCUCAAGUUGCAAGGAAUUACAUGAUAUCAUCAAUCAUGAUGUUCUAAUGAAUUUGAUAAAGGUGUAAUUAAUCUCGACAGAUGCAACAGAACUCAUAAGAAAGUGAUAGAGAUGUCAAUAAGGCUUAAUUUGUACACACUGACAUCUGCGUGGGUGUACCAUGGAUGUGUGCAGGGGCUUUAAGCAUAAUCAGGCACUGUUUUUGAGUAAAUAUAUUUAAAUUACUAUGCGUCUCUUAUCCUGAGUGGUGGAAGAAAUAUUCAGAUCCAUUAUCCAAGAAAGGUUCAAAUCAAUGUCAACUUUGCUUGGUUGAAGAUACUCAAAGACGAAGAUGCCUCUCACCCAAGAGGCUUCUUCAGUUUUGAAUAACUGGCAGGGAGUCCCAGUUAUUUAACCUCUGUGCGGUUGUUAUCAAGUUUAUGUUGCAACAACAGUUGUAAUGGUCGUUGGAGGCACCUUAGGCCAAGUCUGUACAACCUGUCACAUGGGGCCAAAUGUGAAUGUUUGUGUAAUCUCCAUGGAAGGGAUGAAAGGACAGCGUUGUAUGUGGGGGAUAGGUGGCGCCUCAGCCCCUCUGCCCGUUGAGAGGUGGUUUCUCUACUCUGGUGUUAAUGGUUUCUUUCACUCUUCUUUUAAACAAUCUUUCCUCCCUAUCUAGAAUAUGAACGUUGUUCUCAAAAGAGUGUCCCUUAUCCUUUAGAUGUAAGUAAACCGCUGAGUCAUGACCUGAGGAGUUGGCUUGUCUUUGUUGAGUCAUGGUUGUGGGCAUUUGUUAGUAUGUUAUCAGCUCUGUGGUGUGGGGUCCUGGUUACUCUUCAAUGUGUGUGGCACAGUGUAAGAAAGCCUGAAACUGUUGUUGCUGACAUCCUCUUGUGUGAAUUUGAUGCUACUGUCCACCGAGUCAAUGUGUUCUGUAAAGGCUUGCACUUCCUGGGUUUUAAUUUUGACCCUUUUGUCAUCCACAUAUGUGUACCAGUGGCUCUUUGCUGUUCCUCUGAAGGAGGAGUUUUAUAUAAUAUAUCAUUGGCUAAUUAUUAUUAAUGCCUUGACAAGCAAGCUACAAUUUUUAUACGUUGUAGCUCGUCACGACGGGAAUACUUUUGCUAUCUUCUGUUGGGUUGUUUUAAGUAAAUCAGUACAUCAUAUUUAUAAAAUCAUCUUAUAUUUUGCACAUACAAACUUACAGCACUUGAGUAAAUCUGCUUAGUUUCUCCAGCAUUCUACUUUCUACCAUCUACUUUCUUUUGUCACCAUAAAGAAGAUUUCAAACUCACCUAUGAAGUCGACAUCUGCAUGUCCAUCAUCCAGAUAUGGUUUGCGCAUUGGCUCACUGUCACAGCUGGCGAUGACUGCAUCAAAGAACUGCAAAGUGUUCUCCUCGUCGGGGGCUGGAGGGGCGGACGGUUUGGCUCUUGAUAUCUGUGGUUAUUAAAUGGGAGAACAUUUGUCUUUGAUAUUGCCUGCCAUGUGUUCUGGGAAAGAUGAUAUAAGCUUACCGGUUCUUCCUUUGUAGGAGGCGGCGGGGGUGCGGGCUUCUUCUUGGAGGACACUGUGGCCAUGGUAUCAUUACUUUUCAAGUUACUCACACUCUUUGUGUAUUGUCGUCUCAGAGCCACCAGCGCCUCCAAGUACUCCAGGCAGUUCUGAUUGUGAGAGUAGAGCCAUAUCCUGUCCUCUUGUCUCUGAUAAUAGUACAAGGUCGACUCGAUGCUCACUGUACUUUUGCUUCGUUUCAAAGUUGAGCCUGCAGCUGCCUGAGUUUUCUCUCCCACCACGAGCAUGGAGGUGCUGCGUACCAGCCUGACGGUGCAGGCAUUGUGGUAGUCCUGUUCGCACCGUAACCCACCACCAUCACGCGAUCUGUGUCCAUGAUGGUUAGGACGGAACACGUUAUUAAUCUUUCUGAACAUUCCUCUAAGCUGAGUCUUUCAGGGUUACAGGCUUGUCCUUAGAUUCCUUAGUGUUUGUGAAACUUCUGUCCAUAUUCGUCUCUUCAGGCCAGCCAGUAUUUCUGAAAACAAACAAAAACUUGACUGGAGCUGUUCACUGCUGUCCAGGGUGCUGAAGUUACCAAACAGCUACUCUAUUGUGGCACAAAAGCAGGACUGAGUCUCUUGCCUAACCUGAUCUCAACAUUGCUGUAGCAACGGGUCGGUAACUCUACACUUUGUGCUACUGUUACUCCUGAGCAGCAGCCCUGUGUCAGAUAUCCUGACUCAUACGUGACUUAGUGGACAACAACAGCCAGCAAUCCAACAAACUCUGGGCUUUAAAUUGUAAUGUUAAUAAAUUCUUUUUUAGACAGGACAGGAAAACUAAGCUAAGCUGUGGAUGGGUUAAACUGUUCCAAUUUCUGUCUUUAUAUGAAAACUACAGAUCAAAAUAGGUACUAUUUGAAUUGUCGGAAUAACCUGGAUGGUGUAACAAACUUAUAAAGUUCAUGUUGACUAAUGUCGAGGUUUCUUCACCUAAUUAAUAAUAAAAUAUGUUGUCUCGUGUUUCAUGCGCUUCUAUUGUUGGGCUUCCCUGCUGCAAGUGGAGAAAGUCUGAGUUCAAGAGUCUUAACUGAAGCAAGUCAUAUAUGCAUACAAAGUACUUUCAUCUCAGAUGAAUCCUGGUCAUAAACAUAGCCUGAACGUUUCACCAGGUAACUGAUUUAGAUCUCUCCAUGUUUUUCCUGUGAAAGAGAUAACAUUUCACAACUGGUAAAAUAAAGUAUAUCCCAAGGUCUCAGACAAAGUUACUUGGAUAGUUCAACAUUAAGUUUCAAGGAGGAAAUGAUGAGUUGUGGUUACAUAACUGAGCAUGAAGUCACACUCCUGCUUUGGCAGGGGCACAGAUAACAGGAGGAGCAAGGCUAGGAGCUCCUAACUGUCCUCACAGAGAGGUAACUGAGGAAUUUGUGGUAGGGCCUAUCAGAAAACGAAAACAGGAAUUGGUACUUGUCAAACUCUCUGUUUCCUGAUAUUUUACCAUAUUAAAUAUGGCUGUUUUUCUGCUUAAAAUCACACCUGUUUCUUUUACAAGGAAACAAAACUUCUGUGGUUUCUUUUUGUAGCUUAUUUUAUGUUUUUAAGAAUAGAACAUCUGCCAUUUCACUUCCUGGCAACGAGACAAAGUAAUGCAGAGGUAGGUACUUUCUUAAGUAAGGCUGUAGAUGAAUUUACAUAAGUAAGAACUUGAGGGGAAUAUGUUCAGCCUGUCUGUAAGAUGUCUGCAAGAUGAUGUGUUGAAAUAUAUAUACAGGAUUUACACAGCUGCAGCACAGGUUUGCAGAAUUGGGAAAUUUAUACCACUUCCUCUUGGGGUGGUAUAAAACAAACCUCGCACAUGAAUGCACACUGUUAAUCAUGCAGAUCUACAGUAUACAUUUUUGGUAGGCUAUAUCGGCAGAAAAUGCAGUGUUUAUAAGAAGUUCUCUACUGUGAUAAAGACUGUGGGAGGACACAGUGCACCCUCAGGUGAAAGCCGACUGAGAGACUUUGAUUGUGGUCGAAGCCAUGCUUUGUGAAGGCAGAUUGUUGAGCAUGACCUAUGGUGAAUUGGAGUUGUUGGAACCCCUCCCACCUCAGAAGGCUCUCCAGAGUGCUUAUGGGCUGCCGAGAACACCUGCUACCCUCAUGGCAGGCUCCACCAGACACGCUCUACUCAUUCAUCAUAAUUCCCCCGUGCAGACAGACUGUGCAGACAACAGGAGUGCUUCAUUGGAGUUGCACAUUUCUCCACUGCAGUCCUUGGAUUUCCACAGAGUCCAGCCAGGCAGACAGAUCUCUUCAGAGAUAGAGAUCCCAGCUCAGGCUCACUCAGGGGGUGAUUCCCCAUUCUUGGUUCCUUCCUUCUGUCAGAGCAUCUGCCAAAAUUACAGCGACCUCCAUAUUGGAGGCGACCAGGUGCUGCCUCUUACAGCCAAUGAUGGUGAGCUCCGGCUCUGUACUGAUGCACAGGCUGUUGGACCCUUCCUCCAGUCCUGUGAUGUCCCUCCAGCUGUGGAGGAUUCUCCCCCAGGAAAGACAUCUCAGGGUGGACUUCCCCAUCCACCGAGGGGAGGUUCAAAUCGCUGGAGAAUGGGGAGUGGCCGUGAUCGGAGCUUUUUGUUCCAGGGGCGUGAAGGUCCAUUCUCCAACUCUCUUCUAAAUCACUAUCUUGAGCAGAAGCUCUUGGAUUUGUACCAGCAAUACAUGAUGGAGAACAUGGCCAGAGAGCGGGGCCCUGGUUCGGAUUCUGACCCGGGCCCAAUUUGCCCUCUGCUGGGCUCAGAGCUAGUCCUGACAAGCCUAGACCAGAUCACUUUGCAGCUGAGCCGGGAAGGGAACUUGGAGGCUGGCAUGGCUAAGGACAUGGUCCUCAGUUGCCUGCUGCGAGUGGCUGGUGACAUGCAGUCAAGUGAGAUCAGCACUCCCUUCCUGCAGUUUUCGAAUGAGUCAUCCAGGGAGCAGCUCACAGAGAAUGAACAGUAACCCCAAUGUCAACGGUCUCACCAACCACUUCUCCCUUUUGUUUUAGUUCAAUCACCGGCAAUUAAGAUGAAACUGAUGACGGCAUUUCAUUAAUUUUCUUAAUUUAUAAGCUGUUGUGAUUAGCAAUUACCAGGAGAGUGUGCUAUACUUAUGGUAUGGUAAUAAAAACAGUUAGAGUAUGCGCAUGUGAUAUGCUGUUGUCACUUUCUAAAAGGACAAUAAAAAUAGGAACUGAAAAUUCAAA